AUGAUCUCCGACAAAAACGCAAACACUGUCACCAAGCGAUCCGAAGAACCUGGCGACAACAACUCAAAUGGCACGUUUCAUUUCACAGAGCCAGCUCCAAUCAUGCCUGGCGUGAGUCCGAAUGAAUAUUUCGCGGCAACCACGUUAGAAGAGCUUGCCAAAAUCAUUGAGGAGGCAGAGAAUGCUUCAUCUGAUAAGGAAAAGAGGGACGGCGGCAGUAAAGUGAUUUCCGACAAAAAGAUAACCAUGGAAGCAUGCCCAGCCGAGAUUCAAUCGCACGUUGAGUUUGUAUCGGACUACACAUCUUACUUGAAGGCUCUUGGCGUGAAUGCGGCGGCAACUAUUUCAGGUUAUGGUCAAUCAGCUUCUGUGUCAGGCGGCUAUCUUGAUGAGUCGGCAUUCUCAUCCAAUACAUUGACCUUCAUUGCGUCAAUCAGCAUCAACAAACAGCGCCGAGUUCCCGAGGAAAUAUUUACAUUCAAUUCUCAACAUUAUGAGGGCAACGAGAGACCAUUUCCUACAACCUAUGGAAACCGGUUCAUACGAGGUUUCGAUAUGGGCGGUAAACUGAUGGCUCGAAUUAUGCUUACAUUUGACGAAUCAUCUGACAAGGAGGAAAUCAAGACUGAUGCUGAGGCCUCAUUCGGUGCCUGGGGAGUCUCAGGUACACUUAGUACUGAGGUCAAAAACAAGCUUGAGAGGUUGAGCAAGAAGGCAAAAGUAACUGUCAAGAUCUUUUAUCAAGGUGAUAUCGGCAGACAGCUACAAGGCCGUUCAGAACCUUCCGACCAGCAAAACUCUGCUCAACAAAUAUUUGAAACCGCCAAAUCAUGGGCAGACACGUUUCUCGAUAUGGCUUGCGGUCAGGACUACCGGUACGAAGCUCUUCUUGAUCGGUAUACGAACAUUGGAAACUUCCCUCAGAAGCAAUCCAUACCGCACUACACUACUGCGGGAGCGAUAUCUUACCUGGUCUUGGGAGGGAUGGUUAAGAACACGGAACUGCGAAGGACUCUGCAGAAGCAAGAAACCUUGAGCCAAGAGGAGGACCGUCAGAUUCAGCAGGACGAAAUCCGGUUAAUCGAUGCCCAAAAGAACUGGAUUCGAGAGACCGCUAAGCGUCCAGACAAUGCCCAGGAAACAGUGAAAAAACUGUUCCAGCUCUCCGAUGAUUAUUACAAGAAAUGGACCCCACGCUUGGCCGCCGAGUCUUCCCAGGUUGAGAUUAAGGCCUCUGGCCAUUUGGAAUCGCUCAGAGACCCAGAAACAAAGGCCGUAACUACAUAUGACUGCAGCCAGUGGUAUGAAUGGUAUGGUCACGACGACUGGACCUGGUCCAAAGUCCGAUUCUGCCUUCCGACACAAACAGAUGUGUUCAAGUUGACCGUGUUCCGGGAAAGGUCCCAGUACUUGUGGGGAUCGGCUUGGUAUAACGAGAAAGAUUACUAUCCUUCCUAUGUGACAGUUGGGUUGGACUUGAAAAGAGUCGACUCCAAGCCGAAUUUUUGGAAGUUCAGCUCAGGAGAGACUACCCGCCAGUCAUUCAACAUUGCUGGUCAACAAGAGAAGCUCCAGCCCGGAAGGUACAAGGUCCGAGCCAACUUCUACCAAGUCGGCCCGUACUGGGAUGAGACACUGGGCAAAGUGGCCGAGUUUGACAUUACCGUGUCUAGAACAAGCUAG